CUUGACCGGUUCGAACGCACAGCUGCUGCGUGAGGCGCGUGUGUGCUUCGUUGAGUCGCUCUCUCGGAACAGGAACCCGUUACGCCGUAAAGUGUGCCGUGUUGUGAAAGGUUCACCGUCGUCGGGAGGGCUCGUAGGGCCUACGCACUCGAAAAAGCCCACCGCACACACUCAUAGCAAGCGAUGGAGCGAUCGCUGAGGCGGUACGUGAAAGCCCACGGGUACGCCAUCGCCCUGGCUGCCCUAUUUUUCGGAUGCAUCUUCGUGGCCAGUAUUGUCAGCGGUGACCAGCUGCAGCGUUCGUCGAGCGAGUAUGCGUUCUUCCGAUCGCGACCCCUCGAGCAGCUGAUAUUCUCGAUCGCCUGGAUCGUCGCCGGGAUGAUCUUUCUGCUGGGGUUGAUCUGCGAGCGCAAGGAAGCGAUCUUUCCGUUCACGACCGUCUUCCUGGUCGAGUGGAGCCUGGUCCUGGUGCAGCUGCUCGGGAGGCUACGGAGCCGUGGCGUGGCGGACCUGAUCCUGUCCGCCGAGGCUGCCGUAUUCCUGUUGGUGCCACUGUACGUUGGCUACACGUUGGUGGUCCUGUACCGGGUGUUCGACAGCCGGUACAAGGAGGAGGACGACAUCGAGCAGCAAAUCCACCAACCGGUCAAGUUCUUCUUCGGCGACGAACCGGACGACCCCAGCUACAGCUAGUGGGGAGGCUGCGAGGGCUGGAGCGAUCCCUGCCAGUGUUUGCUGUUAAGUUUUAAUGUUACGCUAAUUUAUGAGCUGAGCGGAUGAGGAGUCAUGAGUAAAGUGUCUCGCACCA